AUGUCCGAUUUUAGCGAUGAUUUGGUGAGAGAGUUUUAUCGGAAACAGUGUAAAGAUGACCCCGAGAAUGAAUCCCAUUAUUUUGAUGCGUUGAGGGCUAUUGCGCAGGACCGGGCGACGGAGGAGUUAUCGGUGUUGCUGGCGGAGGAGGAGAGUAAGGAUAAGGUCGGGUACCAGGACACGAUUCGGGCAUACGACCUCCUCGGCAUCACCCCCGAUGUGUCGGAUGAAUUCGUGACGGUGUACUACGAGACCAAGCUCUCUGACCUACCCGAACGGAAACAAGAGUUGAGACACGCCCUGGAAACGAUCGCAAAAUUCCGGAAGAGCGCGGUGCUGAAGCAUUAUGUCCAGCAUGGCCGACGAGAACAUGAUAUCGUCAUGGAAGACGCACCGAUGGAGUUGGAUAUGGCGUACGCGACGCUUAAUAUCACGGAUCGGAAUGCACCUGAUGAGGUCGUUGUUUCGGUGUAUGAUAUCGCUGUUGGUGAUGCGCCGGCUCAAAUGGACGAGUUCACGCGUGCCCUGAGAGCCAUUGGGGAGGCGAGGAAGAGUGAGGCUAUUGUGCUGUAUCUUGCUAACAGGGGUGGAGUGGUCGAUGAGGCGCUUCUAGCACCGUUGAUUCCGAGUGUGGAUUUGACGUGUCCUGUGGGGUUGGAGAAUAUCGGAAAUACAUGUUAUCUGAACUCGUUACUGCAGUACUACUUUACGAUCAAACCGCUAAGGCAGGCUAUCUUGGUGAGUGUCGAGAGCGGGAAUAUCGAGGUCGAUGUCCAGGCGAAUGAGAAUGGUGUUACGGAGAAGAGAGUGGGUGGUCGCGCAGUCAGUAAGAAGGAGAUUGAGCGUGCUGUGAGGUUCGUGACGCAGUUGUCAGGUUUGUUCAAGAGUAUGAUAGCGAGUACUGAGAGUGCGAUUACACCUGAACGCGAUGUUGCGUAUCUUGCACUCGUGAGUUCGAGGGAUGAAGAGGAUGAUGAGAAGAUUGGAAAGGAGCCGGCGCCUGGGCUUGAUCAUUCGGAGGCUGCGACGAAGGAGACGACUGUUGCGCCUUUGGCGAGUGAAGUUCCGGAGGCAGAGGCUGUGGAUGGGGAGAAGUUGGGCGUUACUAACGAGGAUACCAGGUCGGAGAGUUCGCAUACUGUGUUGGGCGAGGACGAGGUUCCAGGGGAGGAGGAGAAAGACUUUUUCGACCCGCAACCACCAACGCUCCCAGCCCGUCCCACGGCUCAUCAACGGCAAUCAUCAGUCAUGUUUGGCCGCCAACAGGAUGUGACUGAAUGUAUCGACAACGUCAUGUUCCAGAUCGAGGCGGCCCUGAAGCCAGCUAGCGUCGACUCGGACGGAGAGCAGGUGGAUAUUGUUAAGGAACUUUUCUAUGGAAAAACGAAGCAAUUGCUUGUUGAUAUGGAUAUGGAGAAGUCCACGGGGAGUAUCGAGGAGCGGAGGGCCGCGAAGGAGGAGAGGUUCGCGCAUCUCAUCGUUGAUGUUCAUAAAGAUGGACGGGAUAUCUAUAAUGCGUUGGACAGUAUCUUCGAUGCUCAAUCCGUCGAUUUGGAUGGGAAGCAGAUCCGGAGGCAGAUUACUGUAUCCCAGCUCCCACCAAUCCUUCAGAUCCAGAUUCAGAGAGUGCAGUUUGACCGUGCGACGGGUCAGGUAUACAAAUCGAAUGCGUACCUCAAGUUUGGGGAGACGCUGUACAUGGAUCGAUACCUCGAUACUGCGGACGAGAAUAUCCAGGCAAGACGCGAGGCGUCGUGGAAGUGGAAAGCCAAGCUCGAGAAACUGGAGGCGAGGAAGCAUGAGUUGGUGCAGACUGAGACACGUCCAUUGCCUAUCUAUGAGGCGUUGGAGAAGACUAGGGCGUACUUGGAGACGAUGCGGGAUAAACAUGGUAUGGAUGUCGAUCCCUUCAUUCUCCGCACGCUCGAGGACGAGGCGAAACGUGUCAAGGCUGAGUUGGAGACGAUUGAGGAGCGGAUCACGGAGUUGCAGUCUCGUGUCAAUCAACAGUUUACGGAUCUAAGGGCCCAUGGGUAUCGUCUCCACUCCGUGUUUAUCCACCGUGGGUCUGCAGCUUUCGGCCAUUACUGGAUAUACAUCUAUGACUUCGCACGAGGCGUGUGGAGGAAGUACAAUGAUCAGUACGUGACGGAGGUUGGGGUUGAGGAGGUGUUGAGGGACACUACAGGGGAUACGGCAAGUCCGUAUUUGCUGACGUAUGUCAAGGAGGGUACGGAAGGGGAGGUUGUCGAGGCGGUGAAGAGGGAGGUACCACAGUGA